UAUAUAAAAAUAAUAUAAUAACAAUAAAGGCUUAAACAAACUCAUAUGCAAAUUAUAUUACUGUAUUUAAUUGAGUACAAAGUAAGUGAAGUAUGUGUGCUUUAUAAUAUUCACACUUCCUUUACACUUUAGAUUUCCGUUGAGUUUAAUGCUAAUAUUUAAUUCAUAAAAUGCAAUCAGUGUUAUUGCCAAUUUCACAUGGUCGAGUUGCUUUUUGGGCACACAGCGUCUAAGCAUCUAGAAAUAGAAACACUUCACUCAACAUCAGGCGUGUUCAAGUAUUCAAUAUUUCUGCAGUGAAUACAAACAAUAAAAAAAAACGAAAAAAUGGUAACAUUCAAAGAAAUAAUACAAAUUGCUGUUAUACAUGUAUAUUUCUUCGUAUUUUAUUUUUCGGCAUAUUUCAUCUAUUGGUACACUGUCAAAGGACUUACUUUUGGUAGUUUGUGGGUGAAAACUGUGCUAAUUACAUAUUUGAUAUAUCUGCUGAUUGAUUACUUUGUGUACCACAGUGCUUUGGAUGGCAAUGGCUCCAUUCUAUUACGUUCGAAACGUUUUGUCGGCAUUACACGUGAUUACUUUCCUGUCGAGAUACGGAAAACCGCAGAGAUACCACCAAAUCGGAAUUACAUACUAGCACAUUUUCCCCACGGUAUACUUACACUAGCUAUAUCCAUCAAUAUGCUACUUGAAAUAACACCGUUCCUUCGUUUAUUUCCCGGCAUACGACCCAAGGUUGCAACAUUAAAUAUUAAUUUUUGUACACCAUUUGUGCGUGAAUUUUUACGUUAUUUGGGUUACAUACCAUCGUCGAAAGAUUCAUUAUUAUAUUUUUUGAAUAAAUCAAAUGAUCCCAAACAUACUGAUAAUGCAGAUGGUUUCACAUCUUAUAUGCUGGGUAUAUCAGUGGGCGGCACACAAGAGGCACUACUUACAGAACCGGGAAAGUAUACGAUUGUGCUGAAAAAACGCAUGGGUUUCGUAAAAUUAGCAAUACAAACGGGAUCACCGAUUGUGCCGUCUUUUGGUUUUGGUGAUGUCGAUAUUUAUACGCCAUUGGAUAAAGCAUGGUUUCGACCAAUACAAAUGUUUUAUAAAAAAUAUUUUCGCUAUGCGCCAAUUAUAUUUAAGGGGCGCGGGAACACAAUUUUGCCUUAUAAGAAGAAAGUAACGUUAGUGGUUGGCAGUCCCAUUGACGUUAAGAGAACUACAAAUCCAGAUCCAGCGUAUGUGGAAGAGAUUCACACCAAAGUUGUGGCAGCUGUACGUGAUUUAUUCGAGACAUACAAGCGUGAAUAUAUUGAAAACAGCGAAGAAACUGAGUUAGUUAUAAUGUGAACAGGGCCGUCGAGAGAAAAUCGGGGCUCAGGGAUAAUUCAACACCUUAAUUUCAUGAUCUAAAAAAUAUGUUUUUUUGUACUUACACUGCAAAUCAACGAGUU